AUGGCUGAUCAGCAUGAGGAAAACAUUCAAGAGGAGAAUGUUCAUGAUGAGGAGUCCGUUCAUAACGAUGCGAUACCCGUAGCAGGCGAAGGUCGUGGUCGUGGACGUGGACGUGGUCGAGGUCGUGCUGGCAUAGCAGCCAUGCAAACGAAUCAAGCGGAAGUGGAAAAUAUGCACAGAGAGCAGUUAGAUUAUCAACAGCAGAGAGUUGGUGCUAAUGUUGAUCAUUUCUUAGAGGAAGUAGAAAUGAACGCUAGACGUCUUAAUGCUAGUGAAAGACAGUCUAUACUGAUGGUGGAGAUGUCAGUAAAAGGAUCUGCGAAGGAUUGGUUUCAAAGGCAUAUUCAACCAAGUAUGGGAGAGAUGACUUGGAAUGAAUUUGUCACUAGAUUUAAGAAUUUCUUUCUGCCGUUUUCAGUAACGGAGAAUUAUCGAGAGAAACUGUUGAAUUUGAAUAAGAUAGGAAAGACGGUGCAGGAGUAUGUGACGGAGUUCACAAGAUUGAGUCGAUUCCCACCUGAUCUGAUGUUGGAUAGAGAUAGGGUGAAUUUAAGGUUCAUUAAGGGGCUAGGACCCGAAUAUAUUGGAUUGCUAUCUGAUGUUAGGAAGGAUCUGGUUCAAAUCAUCGAUAGUGCACGCCAAAUGGAAACUACUUUGAUCCAAUUUGGAAGGAUCAGUGUUCCUGGUGAGCAAGUGAGAGAAGGAACGGCGAGUUCUAAUACGAAUAGGUUCACUGGACCAUAUCGUAAGGGGUUUAAGAAGAACAGAAGAGAUAGGAGGUUUAGUACCUCUGGAUCAAGUUCUAGUGGACGAAGUUCAGGAGGAACGGUACCACUAUGUCCAACUUGUGGGAAGAAGCAUUUUGGAGCAUGCUAUUGGGCAACUAGAGGAUGUUACACGUGUGGACAACAAGGUCAUUACUCUAGAGAAUGUCCUAUGUCUGGACCACAAGGUUCAAGUGCUAGUGUUGUUCAACCAGUGUUUCAACAACCUAGACCUGUAUAUCCUGCAGUGUCUGGGCAGGCACAGAACCAGAGUGUGUUAAAUGGACAACGUGGAAGAGGAUAUGGUUUUGGUAAUCGUGGUGGAGGAAGGACCACAGGCGGACGAGGAUCUGGAGCAACUGCUAGCGGAGGGCAGGCUAGAGUUUUUGCGAUCAAUCCUCAGGAGGCGAAUGCGUCGAAUGCGGUAGUGCAAGGAAUUCAACCUGUGAUUUUGCAAAACCCAUUGUUAGUAGCUACACCUGUAGGCGAAAGCAUAGACGUUACUGUAAUGUAUCCGUCGUGUCCUGUGUUAAUUGGAGAGCGAGAAUUGCUUGCGGAUUUGUUAUUGCUUAAUGUCUUAGAAUUCGACGUCAUCCUAGGAAUGGAUUGGUUGUCGCGACAUUAUGCGAAUGUGGAUUGUAGAGAGAAGAUAGUGACGUUCCAUGCACCUGGAACUGAACUUAUCUCUAUUCGGGGAGAGAAGUUAGAGACCCCAAAGAGUUUAGUCUCGGCUUUGAAAGCGAGAAAGAUGUUAAGUAAAGGAUGUCAAGGAUUUUUAGCUCUGGUACGAGAUGUUCAGAAGGAAGUGGGAAGUGUGAGUGAUGUACCAAUAGUGUCGGAGUAUUCUGAUGUGUUUCCAGAAGAAUUACCUGGAUUACCACCAGAUCGAGAGAUUGAAUUCUGUAUUGAUCUAGUUCGUGGUACAAGUCCAAUAUCGAUACCUCCGUAUCGUAUGGCACCAGCAGAACUAAAGGAGUUGCAGGAUCAAUUAGAAGAAUUGAUUGAUCGUGGAUUUAUACGACCAAGUGUCUCGCCUUGGGGAGCACCUGUGUUGUUUGUAAAGAAGAAGGAUGGAUCUAUGAGACUCUGUAUAGACUACAGACAACUCAAUAAGUUGAAGAUCAGAAAUGAUGAUAUUCCAAAGACUGUAUUCAGAACAAGAUACGAGGAGGAGCAUGCGCAACACUUAAGGAUAGUGUUACAAACUUUGAGAGAUCAUCAGCUAUAUGCUAAAUUCUCGAUGUGUGAAUUUUGGUUAGAAGAAGUAGCAUUUUUGGGACAUGUAGUAUCUCAGAGUGGGAUUAAGGUGGAUCCUAAAAAGAUUGAAGCUGUGAUGAAUUGGAAAAGGCCAAGUUCACUAACUCAGAAGAACGCGAAGUUCAUUUGGAAUGAUCAAUGUGAAGUGAGUUUCCAGAAGCUGAAGGAGUGUUUGACAACAGCUCCAGUUCUGGCAUUACCAGAAGGUAGUGAUGGACUUACAGUCUAUUGUGAUGCUUCUAGGAUCGGGUUAGGAUGUAUUUGGAGAAAUUAUCUAUAUGGAGCAAAAUGCGAAAUAUUCACUGAUCACAAGAGUCUGAAAUAUAUAUUUGAUAAGAGAGAGUUAAAUCUCAGACAGAGGAGAUGGGUGGAGUUACUAAAGGAUUGUGACUGUACGAUACAGUAUCAUCCUGGCAAAGCUAAUUUAGUGGCUGAUGCGUUGAGCAGAAAAUCAGCAGGAAGUUUAGCUCAUGUUACUUUAGUUGAGAAGAGACCAAUGAUUAGAGAAGUGCAUUCGUUGUUUGAUCAAGGAGUUCAAUUAGAGGUUUCGUAUUUGGGGAGUUUGUUAGCUCAAAUGACGAUUAAACCUACAUUGAAUGAUCAUAUUAAGGAACUUCAGACAACUGAUCCUCAACUAAAGCAUGUUAUUGCAGAAGUUCAAAAGGGAAUGAACUCUGAGUAUAAUUUGAAAGGUGGUAUUUUGAAAUUUGGUACAAGGGUAUGUGUACCAAAUGUAGAGAAAUUGAAACAGAGGAUUAUGAUGGAGGCACAUGGAUCUAAGUAUAGUGUUCAUCCUGGUUCUACCAAGAUGUAUCACGAUGUUAAGGAGAUGUAUUGGUGGUAUGAAUGGAAAUGGGAAAGAAUAACCAUGGAUUUUGUCGUUGGAUUGCCUAAGUCGCAACGUGGUUUUGAUUCGAUAUGGGUUAUCGUUGAUCGAAUGACAAAGUCGGCUCAUUUCAUUCCGAUCAAGGUUACCUAUACGGCAGCGAAGUUGGCACAGAUUUAUAUUGACAAGGUAGUCAGUUUACAUGGAGUUCCUGUGUCAAUUGUGUCAGAUCGAGGAUCGGUUUUUACAUCCCGAUUUUGGCAAAGUCUGCAAGAGGCUUUAGGAACGCGUUUAGAUUUCAGUACAGCGUUUCAUCCCCAAACGGAUGGACAGUCUGAAAGGACUAUCCAGACUUUGGAGGAUAUGCUAAGAAUGUGCAUUUUAGAUUUCGGAGGCCAUUGGGAUGAGUAUCUACCGUUAGUAGAGUUUUCAUAUAACAAUAGUUAUCAUUCCAGUAUCGAAAUGGCACCGUAUGAGGCGUUGUAUGGACGUAAGUGUACAUCUCCAAUUUGUUGGGAGGAAGUUGGAGAAAGAAAGUUAACAGGAGCUGAAAUAGCACAGAUUACGUCUGAGAAAGUGCCGUUGAUUAAGCAACGUGUAAUCCGAUUUGGAAAGAAAGGAAAGCUAACGCCGAGAUAUGCAGGACCUUACGAGGUUAUUGAGCGAAUAGGAGCGGUAGCUUAUAAGUUAGCAUUACCGUCUGAGAUGUCGCAGGUACAUCCAGUGUUUCACGUGUCGAUGCUUAGGAAGUAUAUUCCUGACCCUGAUAGAAUUAUUCAGUCUCAAGAGGUUGAGAUAGACGAGGAACUAUCUUAUCAGGAGGAACCUGUAGAAAUUGUCGAUACCCAGAUUAGGAAACUCCGUAGUAAGGAGAUACCUAUGGUAAAAGUGCUCUGGAGGAGCCGUACAAUUGAGGAAUGUACGUGGGAAACAGAGGCGGAUAUGCGGAAACGAUAUCCCCACUUGUUUGCUCAAGGUAAUAAUUUGUUUUGA